AUGUCAUGUCCGAAUAACAUAGCUCCCGGUAACUUCCUGAUGGAUUCCUUAAUGGGAGGAUCACCUUCGUUCAGAAGUGAGGGUUAUUCCAGCAACCCCGGGAUGUACAUCCACACAGCUGCAGAGUACGGAUAUUCAGUGAUGAGAAACAUUGGAAAGGUUGGACCAUCUUCACUCUCCAAAAGAGACGAGGUUCCUCCGGGCGGUGUGUCGCUCAGCGGCUUCCAGGAUGCGUCCUACCUGUCAACACAGCUGGGCACAUGGACCCCAGGCUCGAAAACCAGUAGGGACGAACAACCUGUUGCCCAGUGUUUACAACCCUGCUUGUUUUCAGCGGGCAACGUCAAAGAGGAGGCGUUUUGUUGCCUCUAUCAGGAUGAUAGCAAUAAGGACAAAAAGACAACAGACUCGGUCACUUACAUCCGGCUUGGAGACAAUAGCUCCCGGCCUGAACAAACCGCCUUGCCCAGCGGCUGUUUCCAGGUGUUCAACGGAGAGAGGCCACAGCAGGACGACCAGCAGUUCCCCUCCGGCUUCUCUCUGACCCACUUUGCGACAUCUGUUGACUCAGAAUCGACACUAAAUUGCAGUAAAUCGGCGCAGGAUACAGCGAGAGAGGUUUUAAACACAGAUGAGAGUCAGAGCAGGAAGAAAGAGAAGGCCAAGAGUGACAGCUACGAUUUAUCCGCGGAAAAGACAACGGGAAGCUGGUUAAAAGCCAAAAGUGGAAGGAAGAAGCGCUGCCCCUACACAAAGCACCAGACGCUGGAGCUAGAGAAGGAGUUCUUGUUCAACAUGUAUCUGUCUCGGGAGCGCCGCCUGGAGAUCAGCCGGAGUAUCAACCUGACCGACAGACAGGUCAAGAUCUGGUUCCAAAACAGACGCAUGAAGCUCAAGAAGCUUAGCAGGGAGAGCCGAGAAAGGGAGCACCGUGCAGUUUAUAACUAUUCCUGA